AUGUCCGGCACCGUUGAGUCCAACCUGCAGAAGCUAGGCAUCACCCUCCCUGCUCCUGCUGCCCCCGCGGCUUCCUACGUGGCGUUCAACGUCGUGGGUAAAAUGGUCUACAUCUCCGGCCAGCUUCCCAAAAAUGCCGAUGGCAAGCUUAUGGUAGGCCAGCUCGGUGACCCGUUGACGAUCGAGGAGGGCAAGGCUGCAGCGGCAAGCUGCGCCGUAUACCUCAUCGCUCAGAUGAAGGCUGCCGCCGGCGGCGACCUCGACAAGGUGAAAAAGGUUGUGAUGGUACGCUGCUACGUCAACUCUGCAAGCAACUUCCAUGAUCACCCGCAUGUAGCCAACGGCUGCUCUGACCUCCUGGUGAAGGUGUUCGGUGAGGAAGUCGGGCGUCACGCUCGAUGCGCUUUCGGUGUUGCGCAGCUUCCCUUCAACUCAGCGGUGGAGAUCGAGGCUCAAAUCGAGCUCAAGGAGUAG